AUGACUACACAUGUUGUCUCUCUUUUCUUGCCCUAUACUGUAGAUUUCCACGAGUCAAAGUCAAACUCCAACUCGAGCCCCGCCAGCUCACCACAGCCAGCUCCCACACAGCUAGCCGAUGCCGGUCGCCAGCCGUCUUCGGCCACGAGCAUACCGAGUGUACGGUCAGGUAGCAAGAAUGAAGAGCAGCCCCAGAGUCUCCUUAAGCAGGCGCCUCCGUCGCACAUCCAGCUGCCCAAGACACCGAUGCGCAUGACGGAGCACGAAGACUUCUUCACGCCAGAUCCGCGCUGGGCAACCGAGUACUCGGUCGUACCUGCUGUCCAGGGCAACGGUGGCCUGACCAACGCCGUCCGUGCUGCAGUCGACAACAAGUGCAUCGGCGACAUCAUUUUUGUCGGCCUCAUUGGCUUUCCCACUGACAGCCUGAAUGAGGACAAGAAGGCGGAGAUCUACGAUAAGCUAGAGGAGGAGCACGAUGCUCUCACCGUCUUCAGCAAGGCUUUCCUGGACCACUCAUGGGUUUUCUACGUCAAGGUCAAUCAGGCCUUUGCUGACAAGGUUGUCAAGAACUACAAGCGCGGAGAUGUCAUCUGGAUCCACGACUACCAUCUGUGUCUCGUUCCCCAGAUGAUCCGCCAAAAGCUACCAGAUGCACAGAUUGGCUUCUUCCUGCACACGGCCUUUCCAUCGUCCGAGGUCUUCCGUUGCUUAGCUGCCCGCAAAGAGCUGCUUGAUGGCAUGCUUGGUGCAAACCUUGUCGCAUUCCAGACUCCCGAGUACGCUCACCACUUCCUGCAAACAUGCAGUCGAAUUCUCUCAGUAGAGGCUACCGAGGAUGGAGUCCAACUCGAGAGCCGGUUCGUCAACGUAUGGUCAUCCCCCAUUGGCAUUGAUCCCCGUGCCCUUGCUCUAGCGCGCGAAGAGCCCCAAGUUUUGGAGUGGAUCACUACCAUGCAGAAGCGAUAUGAGGGCAAGAAGGUCAUUGUCGCUCGAGACAAGUUGGACAACAUUCGCGGUGUACGACAGAAGCUGUUGGCGUUUGAGCUGUUCUUGAACAAGAACCCGGAAUGGAAAGACAAGGUUGUAAUGAUCCAGGUCGCGACAUCCACAACCGAAGAUACCGAGCUGGCUGCAACUGUGUCAGAGAUCGUCACCCGUAUCGAUGCAGUUCACUCAACUUUGACACAUAACCCGCUCAUCUUCCUGAGGCAAGACAUCGCCUUCUCACAGUACCUUGCACUCCUCUCCAUCGCCGACGCUCUGGCAAUCACGAGUCUACGUGAGGGCAUGAACCUCACCUGCCAUGAGUUUGUCAUCUGUCAAGAUGGCCGAGCGAGUGAGAAGAAGCACAGUCCCGUUAUUCUCAGUGAGUUCACCGGCAGUGCCUCGAUUUUCGAUGGCGCCGACCUAUCCGUGAACCCAUGGGACUACAACAACAUUGCCGAAGCAUUUAGGGUCGCUUUGGAAAUGUCCGACGUCGAGAAAGAACGGAGGUAUACAAAGCUGCGCAAUAUGGUCAUGCACCAGACCGGCGACUUUUGGGUCAACAACCUAAGCAAUCAUCUGUCAAAGGUUCAUGCGGAGCAGUUCAAGCGGGACACAAUGUCCAUUCCCCGUCUCUCUUCUACCAAUCUCUCUCGCAGUUACCAACAGUCUCAGCGGCGACUGUUUGUACUCGACUACGAAGGCACGCUUGCAUCGUAUGGUUCUGUUAACAACACAAUCCUGGCGAAUACUGAGCGUGUUAUUGUGGUACUUAAUGACCUUGUUGCCGAGGAGAAGAACGUGGUCUACGUCAUGACUGGCCGUACUGUACGCGAGACUGAACUCAUCUUCAACCGUGUACGUGGUCUCGGCCUCAUUGCAGAGAACGGUUGUUUCCUGCGUGAGCCCAACACAAACGAGUGGAUCCAGUUCCCCGAAGAAGAGAAGACAGUCAAGUGGAAGGACUCUGUAAAACCUAUACUGCAGUAUUACCUUGAGCGUGUAGAAGGUAGCUGGGUCGAGGAGCGCCACUGCUCAAUCAUCUUCCACUACAACAAGUCUAACGACAAAGACGACUCUUCAAGUCGACAUGCUGGCGACUGUGCCAACCACAUCAAUGACGCAUGCGAACAGCAGCGCGUCAAGGCAAUCCCCACCAAAGACUCUGUUGUCAUUGAGCCCGUUGACUUUGACAAGGCAUUCGCGUCACAGCAUAUCUUGAACAAGUACCCGGAGGAAGCUCGGCCUGACUUUUUGUUCGUUGCCGGUAACGACCGUAGCGAUGAAGCAGUCUUCCAUUGGGCAAAGAAGUUGAAGGAUGAGAGUAUCAUUCCUAACGUCGAGACUGUCACAGUGGGGGAUCGCAAUUCGAUUGCCAUGUCGACGCUUCCUAAUGGCACAACUGGUGCUCUUAGCAAACUCGCCAAAGCCCAGCGCUCGUCGCCAUGA